AGUCCUGAGCUGAGCUGUCCAGAGGGUUGGAGUGGAUGAAUUUAUCCAUGAGAGAUCCAGUAAUUUCAGGGACAAGCAUGGCUUACCACCCAUUCCUCUCCCACCGGGCACCGGACUUUGCAAUGAGCGCCGUCCUUGGACACCAGCCUUCCUUUUUCCCAACUCUCGCUCUGCCACCCAAUGGGGCUGCUCUUUCCCUUCAUAGUGCCCUAGCCAAGCCCAUCAUGGAUCAAUUAGUGGGUGCCGCAGAGGCAGGCAUCCCCUUUUCUUCUCUGGGUCACCAAGCAGCUUCUCAUUUGAGGCCUCUCAAAACCCUUGAACCAGAAGAAGAAGUUGAAGAUGAUCCAAAAGUUCAUCUGGAAGCCAAGGAUCUCUGGGAACAGUUCCACAAGAGGGGGACUGAGAUGGUCAUCACUAAAUCUGGGAGGAGAAUGUUUCCCCCGUUUAAAGUCCGCUGCACAGGCCUUGACAAGAAGGCUAAGUACAUUCUGCUCAUGGAUAUAGUGGCUGCAGAUGACUGCAGGUAUAAGUUCCAUAAUUCUCGCUGGAUGGUGGCUGGUAAGGCUGAUCCUGAAAUGCCCAAAAGAAUGUACAUCCACCCAGACAGCCCAGCUACAGGGGAGCAAUGGAUGUCCAAAGUGGUGACCUUCCAUAAACUCAAGCUCACUAACAAUAUCUCUGAUAAACAUGGAUUUACUAUUUUAAACUCGAUGCACAAAUACCAGCCACGGUUCCACAUAGUGCGGGCGAAUGACAUUUUGAAACUCCCCUACAGCACAUUCAGAACCUAUGUGUUCCCUGAGACUGAUUUCAUAGCAGUGACUGCAUACCAGAAUGAUAAGCUUUUCUCAAGGAAACAACUGACCCUUCAGUCCAUGCGAGCCUUUGAUGAGCAGCAGAAGAAAGAUAAUGGCAGCUCAGACGAGUCCUCCAGUGAACAGACUGCGUUUAAAUGUUUUGCCCAGACCUCCUCUCCAACCGCAUCUGCAGUGGGCACUUCAAACCUUAAAGGACUGUGUGACAGUGAAGGGGACAGUGAGGAUGACAGUAAGGAAGAAGUUUGCCCAGACACUGGGGACUCUACCAAGAUCUCCACCACCACCUCAAGCACAGAGCACCCGAAGGAGAUAAGAAGUCCAUCUAAGUUGUCCCCAUACCCCUCGGCCAGGACUGAGAAGAGCUCCCCAGAUUCCAGGCACAGCCCAACACAGAUCUCCUCCAGUGGAAGGGUCUUGAGUAGGGAGGAUCUGAAGAGUCCCACCAGGGAGUCGCAUAAACUGGAUGAGCCCAAACACUCUAAGGAGCAUUUCCCACCCUUGACUGUGCAGACAGACAGCAGCUCCCACCACCUGAACCAAACCCAUCUACAGAACCUUGGAUUUCCUCAUGGCUUAAGUGGGCAGCAGUUCUUUAACCCCUUGGGGGCCUCUCACCCUCUUCUGCUACACCCCAGCCAGUUUGCCAUGGGAGGGGCAUUUUCCAGCAUGGCGACUGGCAUGAGCCCGUUGUUAGCCUCUGUUUCAGGAGCUGCAUCGGGAGUGAACAGCCUAGAGUCUACAGUAAUGGCCUCCUCAUCUCAAGGGCUACCGGGGACCUCAGCUUUACCUUUCCACCUCCAGCAGCAUGUCCUUGCCUCUCAGGGCCUGGCCAUGUCCCCUUUUGGAGGACUCUUCUCCUACCCUUACACUUACAUGGCUGCAGCUGCUGCGGCUUCCUCGGCUGUCCACAGGCACCCUUUUUUGAAUGCUGUGCGCCCCAGGCUGAGGUAUAACCCCUACUCCUUUCCCAUGCCUAUCCAUGACAGCAACAGCCUCCUAACCACUGCCCUCCAUUCACUCCACAAUGGCACCCUAGAAGGGAAAGGUCCCAGCCUGGUACCUAGCCCAGCCUCUGCAGCUCUGGACUCUGAACUGACCAGCAGAUCUUCAACCCUGUCUUCUGGAUCUGUCUCUUUAUCCCCUAAACUUUGUCCAGACAAGGAGGUCAGCAGUGAACUGCAAAACAUCCAGCGCCUGGUCAGUGGACUGGACUCUAAGCAGGAGCAGCCCUAG